GAGAAACAUGAGCAGGGCCUGGAUGGACCGGACAGAACGGAGAGUCUGCAGAGGAGAACAGACCGAGCAGGAAAAGCCAGAGGCGCUCGGCUCUCUGGAAACCUGCCAUGUGACAUUUGGCUGCCAGCGCUCCGCCAGAAGGUCAAAGGGGCCCCGGUGCACAUUUCACGGAGAUGCAGAGAAGCAGCGCCCCGGCCCCGGGCCUCCUCCACCAGCAGCACCAGCACCGCCUCUUCGGCGCCUCUCUGGACGGUGUCGGACGGUUCGGCUGCGCUCUGGGUCCGGAUCCGGAUCAGCAGCAGGCGGGGGAGGGGUUUUCCCGGAGGUCCAAACAGCAGAACCUCAAGUUUACACCGAGCAAAAAAAUCUUCCCCUGGAUGAAAGAGUCCAGACACACAAAUCAGAGAGCCGGCAGGAGGAUCGCAGACUGCAACAUCCCCGAGAAGUGUCCAAGCGCGAGCCCGGCCUCCAAGCGGACGCGCACCGCGUACACGAGCGCACAGCUCGUGGAGCUGGAGAAGGAGUUCCACUUCAGCCGCUACCUGUGCCGGCCGCGGCGCGUGGAGAUGGCGGGCCUGCUCAACCUCCACGAGCGGCAGAUCAAGAUCUGGUUCCAGAACCGGAGGAUGAAGCAGAAGAAGGACGAGAGAGUCCAGGGCCUCGCCUCCACCGCCUCCUCCUCCACCACCAACACCACCACCACCACCUCCUCCUCCUGCUGCUCGCCCCAGUCCUCCCCCUCCGCCCCGGGCAGCCCCACUCUGUCCAGCCUGGGCUAUGUCCAUCUGGGCGGGGAUUACCAGCCGGCCUCUCCUCGGCACAAGUCCCAGCAGCAGCAGCAGCCGUACCCUGCAGAAUACCCCAAAUACCCGGCGCCGUGCGUCACGCAGUUUGACGCACAGUACAACACGCACACCACAGCAAACAUGGAGGAAGCAGAGCUGAGCGGCCCCUACUUCUCCCAGAGCUGCUUUCCUCAGGACAGAAUCAUGCAGGCUCCAAAACUGACGCAUCUGUAG